GUAGAUGCUCAAUGUUAGAAAGCCAUGCUGGAAUCUGUUAACGUUACUUUUGCUGCGCUUCUUUAGUAUUUCAGACUUUGUGUUUUAUGUAGACGCUUACCAUUAAUCAUACACUCGUCAACAUGUUGCGAGCUUUAUCGCGGUGUCCGCUUCCUGCAGUCCGUCUUCUCGCCCCUCGCUCUGCUGUAUUGGUCGAAUCUGUCAGGGGAAGAAAAUCUCGCACAGACCCCCAAGCGAAGUCAAAAAUCGGACGGAUCAAGACUCCUCCGCCCGUGGAUCCAGUGGAAAUGAUCACCAUGAAGGAGCGAUACACGGAGUACAAUCUGAUCCUUAAAGCCCUGCGACUUGAGUUCAGGGAGAAUAUGUUGAGGAAGCGAUAUGAAGAGGAGGUUGGCUCCGUGGCAGAGGAGAGAGCAAAAAGAGAUGCUGAAGAGCAUAAAUCCCUCAUGGCCUGGAAUGAUGCUGAGAACCACAGAUUACAAGUAAUACGAGAGCAGCGCGUUCAGAAGGAGGCUGAGGCCGCAGAAGAGAAGAGGAAAGAAGCAGCGAUGUUACAUCAACAAGAGCUGGAGAACUACAUUAAAGAGAAAGAAAGACAAAUUCUUCAACUACAGGAAGAGGCAAAGAACUUCAUCACACUGGACAAUCUAGAUCAGCGGAUUGAAGAGGCUCUCGACAAUCCGAUAAAUUACAAUUUUGCCAUUGAUAAACAAGGACGGGUUGUCAAACGGACUGCUUUUCAGUGAUAAUUACAAGGUUUGAUGAACAAAAUAUCUGUAUAUAUAAAACUUAUACUGUCUGUGUCAACAUUUAAGCUGUUUAAAUCAAUUUUGUUUUCUCCAAAUCACUUUAAAUGAGUGUUUUUGACCUUGAGAUUCUUUGUUUUGAAGAGUUUUUUUUUUUCAAAUUGUAUUUCAAAGGUUCUUCAUUUUUCAAAAUUGGUUUAGGAUGUAUUUACUGAUUUCUAAAAGUGCCACUGUCCAAUGGUCUGGUAUGCAAAUUAAUUAUAAUUACUUUAAAUGUUUUGCUUUCUUCAUUAGCUUAAAUAUUUGUAUCCUCACAUGAAUAUUUAUAAAAUUGAAUGGCAGUUCACAAUAGCUGCAAAUAUUAUAAGUUCUUAUUGAAUAAUUACACUCAAUUAAGAACAUAAAAGGUGGUUGAUAUGGUUCAUCAAUAUGAAAACUAAAGAUGUUUCGUCUUUUACAAUAUUAAAUAACAGUUCCAUGA